AAGGAGCAUUAGAAUAACACCAAAAAUCUGUUUGAAACGCACACACCCCACUCCCCCCCGCAACUCCUCCACCCCUCUAAGCACCACCCCAUUCCAACAGAGUAAUACUGAGAGAGCAAAAUACAAAGGAGACACCAACUCAUUUGCCACUCUAUCCCCGAUAUAAAAACCCUAAUUUCCCUCUUUUUAUACCCCUUUUCCACGCCCACCCCCACCCCCACCCCACCCCCACCCCCCUAUCCACCCCAAGCUCUUUCUUGAAUUUCCAUGGUGCUCUCUCCAUAGUCCACCUUAACCCUUUCCGACUUCUACCCAUUUUCAGACUUUCCUUUUUCAUCUCAAAUGCCUCAUUUUUAGUGCUUAACUUCACUCACAUUCUCCCAAUGACUCCUCCUCAAUCUCUCUCUUUACUCCUCCUGGCACUUGUGUUCAUGCUCAAUGGUUGUUCUUCAGCAGUAGAAGAUGAAAUUCGAUCACUUUUGGAGUUCAAAAAAGGUAUUAAAAACGACCCAUUAGGCAAAAUCUUCAGUUCAUGGAUACCAAGUCCUUCAGAUCUAUCAGCGUGUCCCAGUUCAUUCUAUGGCGUUGAAUGCGAUGCCAACUCCAAUUCUGUUGCUUCCAUUACCCUUGACGGACUUGGACUUGUAGGUGACUUGAAGUUCUCAACUCUAAAUGGGUUGAAACAGCUUAAAGUUCUUAGUCUUUCGGGUAACUCUUUUACGGGCCGGAUUGUUCCUGCUUUGGGCACGUUGGUCACUCUUCAGCAUUUGGAUCUGUCGGGGAAUUUGUUUUAUGGGCCGAUUCCAGCUAGAAUUAAUGAGCUUUGGGGUUUGAAUUAUCUUAAUUUAUCAAAUAAUAAUUUUAAUGGGGGUUACCCAAGUGGAAUUGGUAAUCUUCAGCAGUUGAGAGUUCUUGAUUUGCAUAAUAAUGUGUUAUGGGGUGAUGUUGGGGAGUUGUUCUUGGAGUUGAAGUAUAUAGAGCAUCUUGAUUUGAGUAACAACUCGUUUUUUGGGUCGCUUCCUAUGAACCCGGAAAAUGGAUCAUUUGGUUCAACAAUUCAUGUAAUGAAUUUGAGUCAUAACAAUUUGGAUGGUGGUUUUUUUCCUGGAAAAUUGUUGCAGACAUUUGGGAAUUUGCAGGUUUUGGAUUUGGGGUAUAAUGGUUUAACGGGGGAGCUUCCUUCGUUCAUGUUUUUGUAUAAUUUAAGGGUUCUAAGGCUUGGGAAUAAUCAGCUUUAUGGGUUGAUUCCUGAGGAGCUUUUGCAGGGAAUGGGUCCAUUGGAAGAACUGGAUCUUAGUGGCAAUGGAUUUUCAGGUUCAAUUCCUGAAGUGAAUUCAACAAAGUUGAGGGUUCUGAAUAUUUCGUCGAACCACCUAUUAGGUUCAUUGCCAUCUUCUGUAGGAAAUUGUGCAGUUGUGGAUUUGAGCAAAAAUGUGCUACAUGAUGAUAUAUCAGUUAUUGAGAGCUGGGAAACCAAUUUGGAAAUUAUUGAUUUAAGUUCAAAUAGGUUAACUGGAAAUAUUCCCAAUAUCAUCGCUCAGUUUCAACAAUUGACUUCAAUUAAUUUCGGAAACAAUUCUCUUGAGGGAAUGUUGCCUUCAGCACUGGGCACUUCACCAAGACUGGUUAAACUUGAUCUCAGCACCAAUAAACUUGGUGGACCUAUUCCAACUACGUAUUUUACUUCGACAACACUGAUGAACCUAAAUGUAUCUGGAAAUCGGUUGUCAGGAUCAAUUCCUCUUGAAGGAUCUCAUGCUAGCGAAUUGCUUGUUCAAUCACCAUACCAGGUUGCUCUAGAGUCUCUUGAUCUUUCAGAAAACACAUUGACAGGUAAUUUGUCUUCUGCCAUUGGUAAUCUGAGGAGGCUUCAUGUGCUAAAUCUUGCUAAGAAUCAGUUAUCAGGCAUGCUGCCCACUGAAUUGGCUGAACUUAGAAACUUGGAAUUCCUGGAUGUAUCUAAUAACAAUUUUAGUGGUAGGAUCCCUGAAAAGCUUUCAUUGAAUUUGAGGGUGUUUGAUGUGUCCAACAAUGACUUAAGUGGUGCAAUCCCUGAUAAUUUGAAAAACUUUAAUGAAAGUUCAUUUCGUCCUGGAAACUCAGGUUUGGUAAUCCCAGAAGACUGGUCACAUCAUAAUCCUGGUGAUCAUGAUCAAAACAGUCAGCACCAUCAUAACUCGAAAUCCAGUAUCAGGGUAGCAAUCAUUCUUGCCUCAGUUGGAGCUGCUUUAAUGAUUGGUGUUGUUCUCCUUGCUUACCAUCGAGAACGGUUCCAAGAUAUCCGCUUGCCAAGUGGAUUUAAAGGCCAGUCUGGUGGAAGCGAUGUUAAACUUGGGAGGUUCAGCCGGCCUGCUAUUUUCAAGUUCCAUGGCUCCUCAGAACCGCCGCCAACUUCGUUGAGUUUCUCUAAUGAUCACUUGCUCACUGCGAACUCGAGAUCUCUGUCUGGGCAAAUUGAGUCAGGUACAGAAAUUGUUGAGCAUGUUUCUCCAGAGGGAGUAACUGCAGUUUCAGCAUCUACACAUCUUGGUGCUGUGGGUAAUCAUCCUGCACCAUCUGGUCGGAGAUCCUCUCCAGGCUCUCCAAUGGCUUCCUCACCUCGUUUUAUCGACACAAUUGAACAACCGGUGACAAUGGAUGUGUACUCUCCGGAUAGAUUGGCUGGGGAAUUGUUCUUCCUGGAUGGUUCACUGCCAUUUACUGCCGAGGAGUUAUCUCGUGCCCCUGCUGAAGUUCUCGGUAGAAGUAGCCAUGGUACAUUGUAUAAAGCUACUCUGAAUAAUGGAUGCGUUCUUACUGUCAAGUGGUUGCGGGUUGGGUUAGUAAAAAACAAGAAAGAAUUUGCAAAGGAAGUUAAAAAGAUUGGAUCUAUUAGGAACCCCAAUGCUGUUCCUUUACGAGCAUAUUACUGGGGACCUCGGGAACAAGAGAGGCUUAUUUUAGCGGACUACAUACCAGGAGACAGUUUGGCGUUGCAUCUCUAUGAGACAACCCCACGAAGGUACUCUCCGUUGUCCUUCAACCAAAGGUUAAAAGUAGCUGUUGAAGUUGCUCGGGGUUUGGGAUAUCUGCAUGAGAGAGGACUGCCUCAUGGAAACUUGAAGCCUACUAAUAUAAUCUUGGUUGGUGCUGAUUACAGUGCCCUCCUCACUGAUUAUGGUCUCCAUCGCUUGAUGACUUCAGCAGGGAUUGCGGAGCAGAUACUGAACCUAGGGGCUCUAGGUUACCGUGCUCCUGAACUUGCCACCGCGACCAAACCUAUCCCAUCAUUUAAGGCUGAUGUAUAUGCCCUUGGUGUGAUUCUAAUGGAAUUGCUGACGAGAAGAAGUGCGGGUGACAUAAUCUCGGGGCAAUCUGGUGCUGUUGAUUUAACAGACUGGGUUCGGUUGUGUGAUCAAGAAGGUAGAGGAAUGGACUGUAUUGAUAGGGACAUUGCAGGAGGGGAAGAACACUGCAGAGCAAUGGACGAUCUGCUAACUGUGUCGUUAAGGUGUAUUCUUCCGGUAAAUGAAAGGCCUAACAUUAGACAAGUUGUUGAAGAUCUGUGUUCCAUAUCUGUGUGAAAUUUUGUACAUGUUGUCUUGGAAUUACAAUUCUUUUUUCCUUUUCCUUCAAUUUAUUUGUCUCCUAUUGGUUGGUUGCCUUCUAAUGUUGGUCAAUCCUUACAUAUUCCCAUUUCUUCCUCCCUUCCCCUUCAAUUUUUGUGUAAAGGGAUGAUCAAUCCAUUGAUUGACAUUUUUUCUCAAAUUAGAAAGGAUUGCAAUUAUUUAUUUGUAAUUUUAUUUAGCUAACAGAAAUUGGCACCUAUUUGUUUACAGUUAGUGUACACGUUCAUUUACAUUUCUUCUAUUCCA